AUGCUCGAAUUACGAUUAUGCUCGAAAAUACCAUCAGCUAGAGAAGUUGCAGCUAGAGUGAGAUUGUUGGAGGGUGCGGGCAGGAUUAGCGGACCGUGGGGUGGGGGCCCCGUGGCCGAUCCGGGCCCGGGCUCUGAGAAGGGCAGCCUGGAGGUGGCCGAAUCAGAGGACGACAAGGAGUUGGCAGCAGCUGACGCUGAGGGAGUUUGGAGUCCAGACAUUGAGCAGUCCUUUCAGGAGGCACUCGCCAUCUACCCACCAUGCGGCAGGCGGAAGAUCAUCCUCAGCGACGAAGGGAAGAUGUACGGGAGGAACGAGCUGAUUGCCAGAUAUAUCAAAUUAAGAACAGGCAAAACAAGGACACGGAAACAAGUUAGCUCUCAUAUACAAGUAUUAGCCAGACGGAAACUGAGAGAAAUACAGGCCAAAUUAAAAGUGGUUGUGCCUACAGAUCAUGCAGCCAAGGAGAAAGCUCUGCAGACUAUGUCGUCUAUGUCAUCUGCGCAGAUCGUCUCUGCUACAGCCAUACACAAUAAGACAGCAGCUAAUCUGGCAUCGCUUGGUCUUACCCCUCCUGUGAGCUACCCGACUCCGUUUUGGCAGCCUGGAUUACAACCUGGAACAUCACAAGAUGUUAAACCAUUUGCGGGAGCUCCGGCAUAUUCCAGUGGAAAACCAACCUCUGGGGUGUCUGCCAGUACUGCUGAACUAGGAGUUCCCCCACCUCCUCCUUGGGAAGGGAGAGCUAUUGCAACGCAUAAGCUCAGGCUGGUUGAAUUUUCUGCAUUUAUGGAACAGCAAAGAGAACCUGAUACAUACCACAAACAACAUUUGUUUGUACACAUUGGUGGAGCCACAACUUACUCUGAUCCCCUUCUUGAGGCGGUUGAUGUCAGGCAAAUAUAUGACAAAUUUCCUGAAAAGAAAGGUGGCUUAAAAGAAUUAUAUGAUAAGGGGCCCCAAAAUGCCUUCUUUUUAGUAAAAUUUUGGGCUGAUCUCAAUACAAAUAUACAAGAUGAAGCGGGUGCAUUUUAUGGUGUCACAAGCCAAUAUGAAAGUAACGAAAAUAUGACAAUCACAUGUUCAACAAAAGUAUGCUCAUUUGGAAAACAAGUUGUUGAAAAAGUCGAAACUGAGUAUGCAAGAUUCGAAAAUGGUAGAUUUGUGUACAGAAUACAUCGCUCACCUAUGUGUGAAUAUAUGAUUAAUUUUAUUCAUAAAUUAAAACAUUUACCUGAAAAAUAUAACAAGAACAGUGUGCUGGAAAAUUUCACAAUUCUACAGGUUGUCACUAAUCGAGAAACGCAAGAGACAUUAUUAUGCACAGCAUAUGUGUUUGAGGUUUCAACUUCUGAGCAUGGAGCUCAACAUCAUAUUUAUAGAUUAGUAAAAGAUUAAAUUCUUUUCCUCAUAAUUUUCAUUGUAAAAUAUCCAGAUCAUUUUAAUUAUGUCAGUGGUUUUGUCAUUAUUAUUGUUUAAGUUUUUGGCCAGUUAAAAUUUCAUAAGAAAUUAGAAAUGAAAAAUUAUAUUUAUAUUAUUUUCCUCUUUUUUCCUUAUUUUACUUAAUUGUUGAUUUUGUUUUGUUUUAUUCAAUUUCUAAAACAUCGAUUGAAAUAGUUAUAAAACAAGCUUUAUAUCAUUUAUUAUAAUUUUUCAUUAGUAAUUUUCAGUCAUGAAUAAAUGGAUUUAUUUUGUGCAAUUAUGAAUUGGAAUAUAUUUUUAUUGUUCGUCCAAAAUUUACCUUAAUUUAUCAUAUAAUUUUAUUUAUGUAUAUGUUGAUGAUGUUUAUUUAAGUAAUUUAAUUGCUUUAUGUUGAAAUAUUUUUUCAAAUAUAAUAUAGUAGAUUAAUAUAUUGUUUUUAUGAAUUAUAUACAAAAAUUUAUUAUGGAAAAUAAAUUGAUCAUCUCCGAUGCCAAACAUAGGUAUUAAAUUUAUAAAUAAAUCACUAAAGAGAUGUCUAUGGUAUUAACCAUUUUAAUUACAUUGUAAAUAUUUUCCCUUUAUUUUAUUUUUUUAUUAUUUUUUUUCAUGGUGUUUCAAGAUUUUCUAUAAAUUAAUAUAUUGAAGUCUCUUAUGAUAUUUUUAUUUUCUUGUUUAAAUUCUGCUUAAAUAUAUUGAGUAUAACAUAAUGAUGGAUUUGUGAGAUUAGUAAUUAUUUAGAAUUGUUCCCAUUUUCCGUUUAGUUUUAUAAUAAAAAUUUACUUUUCACAUCAUAAAUGUUAAUUUAUAAAUGUAUAUAAAUAUGUUUCAAAUUGUUUUAGUAUAGUCUGUUAUAAAUUUCUAUUUCUAAUUUUAUUUUUAGAUACUUGAAUAGAAAUGAAUUAAAAUUUUAUUAUCUGCUGAUUUUCAAUAUUAUAUAUUCAUGAUAUCGUAAUUAUUUUUACAUGGUCUAUGAAACUGAAUAUUUUUCAACUAAUAGAAAAUCUUACAUCACAAAUAAAAUUAAAAUUACAAUUUAUUAUUCAUAAAAUAUUAUAUUUAUUGUCUGAUUAGUUUAUUGUUUAUUUUUUCCUCCUCACUGUUGUGGUAUUUGAAAUUUAAAUAUAAAAUUAAACUUUAUUUUUCUGGAUUGGCAAUUUAGAUUACCAUUUCUUUUUAAAUGUGAUAAAAUAUUAUUAACAUAGUCAUGUUUCAGAUUAAUAUGCUUUUAUGGCUACCGUAUCAUGUGAAAUUAGCAUUUAACAAAUUUUUAAGGAAAUAAUUUUUGUGCAGUCUGUGGUACAUGUAAGUUUGAGUAAUAAAAUUGGUUCUAGUUCAUUUUUAAUGAUGUUCAGCAUUGAAUUUUGCUACUUUGAAAGUACAAAAAAAAAAAAAAUAGACAAUAAAUCAUAAAUAGACAAUAAAUAAAUAAAUAAAUAGACAACUUGAAUAAAAUGUAUGGAGAAAUAUUGAUUUAAAAUAAAAUAAAAAAAGCAAAAUUAGAUGCUUUAAUUUCGGUAAUGUUUUUAUUUUAAACAUAUAUAUGUAUUAAUAUGUGUGUCUGUUACAAUGCUUCAGAAUCAAUCUCUACCUGGCUAUAUAAAGAAAAAGCAGAAACAAUGGAAAACCUUCCUGCCUUAAAUUUUGAGUAAUGUAUAUAUUAAUCACCAGGAAACUAAUGUUCAUGGACACUUAGGCCAUCCUUUAUUCUAAGUAAAUUUUAAAAGUUGAUUUUGUAUGUUUGUGAUAAAAGUAUUAAUAAUAAGCAAAAGAAAAGUGGGGAAAGUGCAUUGUUUUCUUUACAAUGAAAAAUUUCCUCUUCUGAAUUAUUUUUAUGGCUUUUUCAUGUUUGUGCUGUAAUUAAUAUACAUUUUAAACCAAACCCAGAUAGCAAAAUAUUUGUACAAAUAAUUUUUAAAAUUAUGAAUAUUCUGUGACUAUUUUAUUAUUAAUGAUUUAAUUAAUAAAAACAGAAACAUUUUUUAUUUCCUCUAAAGUUACUUCCAAGAUUAACUGAUUUUUUGAAUAUACAUAUAUAAACUAACAUGUUUUUUUCCUGUAAAAGACCCUAAUGAAAAAGGGGAAUAAAGUAAAUUUUAUAUUCAUACAAUUAGAAAAGAAUGUAGUUUAGUUAUUUUUAUAUUAAGAUAGGAUUUAUGAAACCAAAUCUUUCAUAUGAUGUUUUGUAUCAUUUCUAAUCAAUCUUUUGUUUAUUGUUAAUUUAGUUUUCAUGUAGCAAAGAAUUUUGUAGUUCAGACGUUAGUCCCACAGAAUGUGUAUAUUUGUUAAUAAAAUAAAAUGUGCUGUGAAAAUUACAACAGAAAAAAAAGAAGGAAAUAAUCUUAAUGAGCUUUUGAGGUUAGUGCAUAUGAAUUGCAAAACUUGCAUUAUUUCAAACUAAUUGGCAUUGGUGGCAGAGCCAUAUUAAAAAAAAAAAAAUCAAUGG